UGGAAGGAAUGCAAAAUUAAAAGUUGAAUGACAAAGCUUAAGACCACUUCCCAAUUUAAAUAAUAAAGAAUCUGGCAAACGUGACACUUCUAAAGGCUGUCACAGUGUUAACACGGCGCUUUGCCGUGUUUCUGUGUGAACGUGACUGGGCUAUUUGGCACAGGGGGCGGGGGAUCCAGAGCCCGGCCCUGGCGUGGACGGGACCGCCCGCAGCUCUGCAGGCUAGCUAGCUGUUUCUGUCAGCGAGGGCUGUUUCUCCGCUUGGAUUGCGGUGUCUAGCUGAUACACGGGGUAAAUGCAGCGCACUGGCCCUCCGUAAAGGAACAAGCGGCUUUAUUUGAUGAAAUAUCCACAUACCGGUUUUCCCUAAGGAUGGCUGAGUCGCAGUGGCACUAGCGGCCGAUAACCCCGUAGCUCCCCUCAGCCUCUCCGCCACAUACGCUCCACAUUCGGCGGCGCAAGAGCGUCCCGCCUUCCUCUGCUUCAUUUAACAUUUCUCUUAAAAGAUGGUGACGGUGGAUUUUGAGGAGUGCCUUAAGGAUUCCCCUCGGUUCAGGGCCAGUAUAGAAGAGGUGGAGGGGGAUGUCUGUGAGCUGGAAUCUAAGCUGGACAAGCUGGUGAAGUUGUGCAUCGGAAUGAUCGACGCUGGUAAGGUCUACAAUACGGCAAACAAGCAGUUUGUUAAUGGCAUCCGGGAGCUGGCCCAGCAGUCCUCCAAAGACGAUGUCAUCGAGUCAAGUCUGAUCAAGUUUGCGGAAAGCCUGCAAGAGAUGAUCAACUACUACACGAUUUUAUUCGACCAAGCCCAGAGGUCUGUGAAGUCCCAACUUCAGAUAUUUAUAAAAGAGGACCUCAGGAAGUUCAAGGAGUCGAAGAAGCAGUUUGACAAGGUGAGCGAGGAGAAGGAGGCAGCUCUGGCCAGGAACGCGCAGGCCGCACGCAACAAGCAGCAUGAGGUGGACGAGGCCACCAACAUCCUGACUGCCACCCGCAAGUGCUUCCGCCACGUGGUCCUGGACUACGUCCUGCAGAUCAAUGUCCUGCAGUCUAAGAAGCGGUCUGAAAUCCUCAAAUCGAUGCUGUCCUUCAUGUACGCCCACCUGACCUUCUUCCAUCAAGGCUACGACCUGUUCAGCGAACUCCAGCCACUCAUGAAGCAGCUGGGGGGGCAGCUGGACCAGCUGGUGAUCAGCAUAGCCAAGGAGAAGCUCGACAUGGAGUUGAAACAUUCCACCAUCCAGCAGAAGGACUUUUCGAAUGACGACACCAAACUGGAGUACAAUGUGGAUGCAGACAAUGGAAUUGCCAUGGAGGGCUACCUCUUCAAGAGGGCCAGCAACGCGUUCAAAACAUGGAACAGGCGCUGGUUCUCCAUUCAGAACAAUCAGCUAGUUUACCAGAAGAAAUACAGGGAUAACCCCACGGUGGUGGUAGAGGACCUGCGGCUAUGUACUGUCAAGUACUGCGAGGACGUUGAGAGGCGCUUCUGCUUCGAGGUGGUGUCCCCGACCAAGAGCUGCAUGAUGCAGGCAGAUUCAGAGAAGCUUCGGCAGGCCUGGAUCAAAGCCGUGCAGAACAGCAUUGCCACAGCAUACCGGGAGAAGGGGGACGAUGUGGAUAAGCUGGACAGCAGGUCUUCAGCAUCAACGGGCAGCCUGGACUCAAGCAGCGAACCCCGGGAGAAGAGCCUGAAGGGGGAUGGCGCCCUGCAGAAGGUCCUCACCAUUGCCGGCAACAGCCAUUGCUGCGACUGUGGCACAGCUGAACCACGCUGGGCCAGCAUCAACCUGGGCAUCACACUGUGCAUCCAGUGCUCCGGCAUCCACCGGAGCCUGGGUGUCCAUUUCUCCAAGGUGAGGUCCCUGACGCUGGACACGUGGGAGCCCGAGCUGCUGAAGGUGAUGUGUGAGCUGGGGAACGAUGUCAUCAAUAACAUAUACGAGGCCCGGCGGGAAGAGCUGGGGGCCCGCAAGCCCACGAGCGGCGACUGCAGGCCGGAGGUCGAGGCCUACAUCCAAGCAAAGUACGUUGACAAGAGGUUUGUCCUGAAACCAUCGAUCGCAGCGCAGAGGUCCAAGAUCAUCGCUCUGAGCAGGCGGGAGAAGAGUCUGGGCAGCAGCUCGGAGCAUCUGCCCCCCCGGCCGCCUCCCCCCACGCCAAUCCUGCGUCCGGCUUCCCACCUCUCAGCUGCAGCCAACAGUGAAGAAUCCAGCAAAAAGGCUCUCUUCUGUCCUGAUGAGCUAGACUCUCUCUUCUCCUACUUUGACGCAUCCUCCAAGCUGCGCAGUAUUAAAAGUGCAGACUGCGGCACCCAGAACAGCACGGAGAGGAGCAGGGAGAUGUGGGCCUGCACUGCGUCCACGACCAGUCUGCCUGAUGCAGAGCCUGCAUGCCCAGUGCAGCCUGGGAGAGGGCUUGCUGUCCCCCAGGAACCCAAGGCAUGCUCCCCAGGCCUGCAGCUUUACUGGGCCGCCUACGCCUGCAGCCUGCCAGACAUGACUGAGGCUAUAGCGCAUGGCGCCGAGGUCAACUGGGUCAACGCAGAGGAGGACAGGAAGACGCCGCUAAUCAUGGCGGUGCAGGGGGGCUCCAUGGUCACCUGUGAGUUCCUGCUCCAGAACGCGGCCAAUGUGAACCAGCCGGACGCCUACAGCAGAGGGCCCCUACACCACGCCACCAUUCUGGGCCACACCGGGCAGGUGUGCUUGUUCCUGAAAAGGGGAGCCAGUCAGAACGCGCUGGAUGUGGAUAACAGGAGUCCCCUGUCCAUCGCCGUGGACACAGCCAAUGCCGACAUAGUGACACUGCUCCGUCUGGCCAAGAUGAAUGAGGAGAUGCGGGAGGCAGAGGGUCCCUAUGGACAGUCAGGGGAUGAAACCUACCAGGAUAUCUUCCGAGACUUUUCACACAUAGCGUCCAAUGAUCCUGGCCGACUGAACCGCUUCCAGCCGCAUGAUUCCCAGAGGCUCUGAGUGGGGCCCGGAGGUGCCCGGGGCCCCCCUGGGGGAAGAGGGAGUGGUAGCCUGAGGGAUUGUGUCUCGCUUUCACAGCAAUUAAUGUCAUCUGACAGAAAGCCUGCUUUUCAGCACAAGGUCGAGGACCUUCCAGUUUAAACGGACAGGGAACUGAUACUGAUUCAUUGCACAAAGGCGAAUUUCUAAUCAGGAUUCCAGUUAUAUUCUACCAGUUUAAGAAGAUAACUCUUAUUCUGUCAUUUUACAGCACAAUUAACUGCUUUUGUAUUGUUUAAACAUUUACGGUCUCAUCAAAGUCUGUUACAGUGAGCUAUUAACUAUGAAUCAGUUUCCAUUUGCUUAUUAUGAUCUAUAACAUUUACAUAACUGGAAGAGUGAAGGAUGAUUAUUUUUUUUCAAGCUCGUUAUUCAGAGGACUGCAGGUACACGUCAUGAAAUCCUUGACCCCAUUUUCCCAGCGCAGUUGUAUCCAUGGUGUCUGUGUACGAACGCAAAGGUGCUCUUAAAAAAUGUGGAGCCAUCUACACCUUUGAAUCACGCUUUCAGGUUCCAAUAAGCCAUGCAGUGGUUUCCAGGGCAUGGACAUAUUCCAGUAUUUUGCUUUUUUAUGUGUGUUAUAGUAUUCAUUUUUUUACAUAACUCAUAUUAAUAGGAUUAUCUCCAUAUUUUUUUGAAAGAAAGGUACAAUAUUUUAUGUGAAAAGGCUCCGUUACAGGACUGAUCAGCAGGGGCCUGAGAUCAGCAAUUUCGAAUUGCAUACGUCAGUAAUAUUUUGUGUACAUAUUAAUAUGAUGUUACUGCCAAUCUUCUCUUUAGACAUUCCUGAUAUUUUUCAGGUGUUAUGAAGAAACACAAUCCAUCUUGUGUUUUUUUAUAGUUAGUGUUAGUAUUGCUUUGACAUUUUCAGUAUCUGGUUAAAGAGUGAAAUGCAUGUACUUUUUAAGUAAUCACAGUCUUUUUGUUUAAGUACACAGUCCUGAAAUGGUAGUACGUGAUAUUUUAAUAAUUGGUGGUAUGUGCAUUAGUCAUUAUUAGAGGCACGUGGUCUUCAGGCUCGACGCUUUGUACCUGUAGCGGGACAGAGCUGUGGAGGCGGUUUUGAGAGUUUCCAGACCGUUUGGAGCCAGAGGCUGACAGCCCAGUCUCUGCUAUAAGAAACGCACAAUUCAACGCUGGUGAAUUCCCAUGCAGGUUCCCGCCUUCACAGGAUCAAGGAACCAAAGCGUAUAUGCAAGGCUAAAUGAACAGUGCAAGGCUAAAUGAACAGUGCAAGACUAAAUGAACAGCAUGUAUGCAAAAUGGCCGUGCCGAGGGUAAGCGCAGAGCCCAAAUGCUUGGUUUACCUGUGUCUCGUUCCCGAUCAUCACGUAUAGUUUUGUUUUCACUUGCUUCCUGGGGCAUGAGCCCAAACCCUGCUGUCUGAUGUAGUUCUCGCUUGAAGCCCUUUGGCAACUCGACACCUCUUUUCCAGCCUGUCAUUUAAUGUGCACGUAAAACAACAUUUAUUCAUUAUAUUAACACGCUGAUAUGGGUAACCUAGUAAUGCUAGCUAGAGUGAUCUCGGUCCCUUGCAACCCAUCUUUGUAAUAAGAUACAGGUAUGUACGUGUCAAAUUGUAAUCCACAGUAGACUUUUAGUGUAGUGUAGCAAUCCUGGUAUGCGUUGAAUAAGGUACCAUGUUGGGAGUUUUGUUGAAAAUCACUUUGUCGAUCAUGAUUUAUUCACUAAGAAAUUCAUCCCACCACUGAUCUCGGGUGCAAGUCAGGCCUUCAUUUUCCUCAAAAAGAGCAGCUGGCUCCUGGUCUAGAUCAGUCCCAUUCAUCUGCUUCCAUGGGUGGUUCUGAGUAGUCUUCCAAUGCGCAUGUUCUCUUUAAUGUAAAUUGUGUAAAUAAUGUUUAUAUUACUCUGUGGUGAAGAAAGCUUUGUUUAAAUAAAUACUAGAGGUAUUGGGGUCAUUGAUACUGUUUUUGAAAGUUCUUAUUGGUAUCGUACUGGUAUCUUUUUCAUCCCUUUCCAAGUAUGUAUCAUCUAUUUAUCAUAUGUGAUUAUGUCAUUUAUCCAGUGUCACUCCUUAAAAGAGAUUUGUCUAAUUUAUCAGGAAAAACACUCCAGUAGUAAUUACUCUGAACCUUUUGUUGUGCAACAAAAGAUCUUGACAAUGUACUAGUCAAUUAAACAGUUCAGUGGCUGUAAAUUUAAA